AUCAACAACGGCAAAUGUGGGUCAGACCAAUCUUUCAACGAAGGCGGCAACAGGGACAAUUUCAUAAUCUCCUUGCAGAGAUGAGGCUGAACGACACUGAAAGCCAUUUUCGCUACCUAAGGAUGUCUCGACGAACAUUUGACAAUCUAGUGACGAGAGUAACCCCUUUGCUCAGGAGACGAUCGUAUAGCAGUUGUGAUCGGCCACAGAUCUCUCCAGCUGAACGAUUGGCUUUGACCUUGCGCUUUCUGGCAACUGGCAACUCCCAAGUUUCCCUUUCCUUCAACUUCAGAAUUGGUAGAUCUACUGUAAGUGGAAUCAUCAGGGAAACUUGCUCUGCAUUGUCGACAGUCUUACAACCAGAGUAUGUCAAAGCUCCAUCUAGUGAAGAAGACUGGAGAGAUAUUAGUAAAGAGUUCGAGAAGAUUUGGAACUUUCCUCAUUGUAUUGGUGCAAUUGAUGGCAAGCACAUUGUCAUUCAAGCUCCCUCGUUGUCUGGAUCUUACCAUUAUAAUUACAAGGGAACAUACUCUGUUGUACUACUAGCCAUCUGUGAUGCCCACUAUAGGUUCACCAUUGUUGAUGUUGGAGAUGCAGGUCGACAGAAUGAUAGUGGUGUUCUGUAUAAUUCAACUUUUGAGCAGGCAUUGGAAUCAGGUACCCUGUGUUUGCCAUCAACAAGUGAUCUGCCUGGCACUACUAUUAGGGCACCCUUUGUAUUUGUGGGCGAUGCAGCGUUUCCACUCCGCACUGAUAUGAUGCGCCAAUUUCCAGGAAAAAACCUGGAAGAUCUUCAAGCAGUUUUCAAUUAUCGUCUCAGUCGAUGUAGACGAGUAAUUGAAAACAGCUUUGGAAUUUUAGCAGCCAGGUGGCGCAUUUUACGAAGGCCCAUUAUAGCAUCUCCUGAAAAUGCUGUCAUAUUUACCAAAGCUGCUAUAGCCUUGCAUAAUUUCUCCAAACAACCGAGUCCUCAGUUUACUGUCCUCCCGGAUUCACUGACGCAGAGGAUGGAACUGGAAAUGUUGUGGAGGAAAGUUGGAGGAAUGAAGUAGGCAGUGAAGGAUUGCAAAGAACAGGCCGUGUAGGAAGCAACAUGCUCAGCCGAUCUACUACUGAAGUUAGAGAACUUUUCAGCAACUACUUCUUGUCUUCUCAAGGAGAGCUACAUUGGCAAUAUGACCAUAUCCACCGCACAGGAUACUGAUACGUUCAUUUCGUAUCACCUUAACCGGCUUUUUUAAAAGCCACUACACAAUCAGAGAGAGCAAUCCUGAGAUUGCAGCACAAUAUCUACACACAAACGGUACGUAGGUGGG